CUAACUAGUUGCCCUGUAGUUAGCUAGCUGGCUAUCCGUGGUGUUAUGUAACUAGUUAAUCCGUUACAGAGCACACAGGGGAGCUGUGUGAUGAAGCUGAACAGCGGAACGGAAUCUGUGAUAUUUGGAAAUGAUUAGAGAAUUAAAGACACAUUUGGGGCAAAAUGUAGAGGACAGAUGAAUGUAAAGAGUGUUCAUUUCAUCACCGGAGAGAGAGAGAGAGAGAGAGAGAGAGAGAGAAACUUCCAGAGCAGCGGUGUGUAUGUGAAGUUUGAUUAUAGUCGUUCUUCUUGUCCUCUCUUUCCUGUCCUGAAGAGUCAGUAAAACGGUCUUUAAGCGGGUUAAGCCCCGGACAUUAGAGCUUGGUUUGGGCUGGAGCUCGGGGGAUGUUGUCCGUGCUCUCCUGCGGUAGACUGCUGGCCCGGGCUGUCAUCGGCGGCCUUUCCCAAACAGAUAGCCGCGAUUACAGCCUCAUAUCGGCUAGCUUUGGAUAUGGGAAAGAUUUCCGAAAGGGUAUCUUAAAGAAAUGCAUGUGUUACGGUGAUGACGCCUGGUUUAUUGCGCGCCACAGAUCCGCGGAUGUUUUAGGUGUGGCUGAUGGAGUGGGAGGCUGGCGGGAUUAUGGAGUAGAUCCCUCUCUGUUCUCCGGAACGCUCAUGAGGACAUGUGAGAGAUUGGUCAAGGAAGGCCACUUUGUGCCUAGCAACCCUGUGGGAAUCCUCACUAAAAGUUAUUAUGAACUCCUUCAGAACAAAGUACCUCUAUUAGGAAGCAGUACAGCCUGUAUAGUGAUGCUGGACAGACAAAGUCACCAGCUUCACACUGCAAACUUGGGAGAUUCUGGCUUCCUGGUUGUUCGAGGAGGGGAGGUAGUGCACAGGUCUGAUGAGCAGCAACACUAUUUCAACACGCCCUUCCAGCUUUCAAUUGCUCCCCCAGAGGCAGAGGGCUCUGUUCUUAGUGACAGUCCUGAAGCUGCAGACAGUACAUCCUUCGAUGUCCAGCUAGGCGACAUUAUCCUCACAGCCACAGAUGGGCUCUUUGACAACAUGCCAGACUAUAUGAUCUUACAAGAACUCAAAAAGCUCAAGGACACCAAUUAUGAGUGCAUCCAGCAGACAGCUAAGAGUAUUGCAGAACAGGCCCAUGUUUUGGCAUAUGACCCCAAUUACAUGUCACCUUUUGCACAUUUUGCUUGUGACAAUGGACUGAAUGUAAGAGGAGGAAAGCCAGAUGACAUCACUGUCCUACUGUCUAUCGUUGCUGAGUACACAGACUGAUGUGACUGCAGUGCUCCACUUCUCUUUUUCAUUAGAGUGGUCAUUCCUUCCUGCUGGCAGGAUAGGCAAAAAGUUUUCAUUUCUUUGCCAAGGACCAAACCCUGAUUCUCUUCAUUGGAUUUUAGCACAUCUUGUUUCACUCUGGCUUAUACAGAUUCACGUAAACCACUUAAACGACGUAAAAUUAUAAGUAAUAAAAUGAUUAGAAUUGUUUUAUGAUGUGCGAGACCAAACCAUUGCAUCUUACAGUGCUCUCAUUAUGGAUAAUAAACAGAGCAGGCAGUACACCUUUUUGACAAGACGUAACAUAAAAAUGAGUAGCAAUGACAUUAACAUGUCAUGUAGGAAUAUGCAACCUGAAAUUAACUACUGAAAGAAUUAAAGUUGUUCCAGCAGGGAGAUGUGUGGAGAUGAUAAUGAAAAUUGCAUCAUUAUACCAGGAGAGGUGUAUCUGACUGGAGUCUAGAGAUAGGGUAGGACUGUAAUAUGUCAUGAUGCCAAUGGCAGACCCACAGAACAGCGACUCGCGAUGAAUCUAAUGAAUGAAAAUAGUCAGUUUGGCCUUGGAGUAUCAACUUAAAAAGCCAUUUUUAUAAUCUCAAGUAUAUACCUAGUUAAUCUGGUUGUAGUCUGGUUCUGUAUUGAUCUACAGGGUAUCCCAAAAGUCUCCAUACGUAGGGGAAAUUAACACACAUGCACACAAAUAUAUGAAUGCCUUUGACAAAAGAAGAAUGUAUUAAAAUCGUUCUCACUGCUGGUCUGGGAAGCUGUCACAAGGUUGGGAUGGACCUGCAUAACACCAGCUGUGUUAACACAAAUUCAUCUUGAGUGGGCGAGACAACUGUGUGUGUUUUACAAAGAAAUGUCAAUCAUGUAGAGGACGUUUAGUAAAUAAAGUUACAUUUUGCUUAAAAAGUGUUAAUUUCCCCUAUCUACAGAGAUUUAUAACACCACAAUUGAGGAACCUGGGUAAAGGGAAGUUGUACUAAGGAGACAAUUUCAGUCUGCUAAGUUUUUAUGUUUACUUUUUUAAAAAGAAUAACAAUAAUUUAAAUAUUUAAUAUUGUAUUAGACUAGAGUUUCUCCACACAAUGUGGGUUGUUAUGUAAUAACAGUGCAAGAGAUUGCAAUCUUAUGAUGAGGGGGAAAAAACCUUUCAUGCUCUGUUAACCACUUUGAAGAGGUGUGUGCGCGCAUGUGGACUUGAGUAAUAUACUGUAUGUAAAAGGUAAAAACAAACUUGCUGUAUAUCUGUGUAUGCAUUAGGAAACAAACCAUUGUAUAUGAAUGUAACAUUUUUUUCUUAUAAGUGUAAUCUGUCAGCUUUUUUGAAAUCAUAAUUUUAAAUAUUCUUUGAGCAUCUAUGAAUGCUUUAAGCAUGUGUGCCAUAUGAUCUAAUAAAGGUCUAUUUUUCUAGCUGUAUGAUGGUUUGUCUUUCCAAGACAAGCUUGAAAUACACUGUUGUAUUGUAUUCCCCAAGGCGAAGUUUACUGUUGUGCUAUGCAUUUACAUCUACUUCAUUGUACAUUAUUAAUCAUUUUAAAUUAAAGCAAUUUUAUAAGCUCAAUAUAG